AUGGCAUCCCAUGAGCAGAGCUACAGUGCUGGUGAGGCCAAGGGCCGAACUGAGGAAAAGACCAACCAGAUGAUGGGCAAUGUGGGGCAGAAGGCCCAAGAAGCUAAGGAAAAAACGAAAGGGGCAGCCCAAGCUGCAAAGGACAAGACCCAGCAGGCGGCUCAAUCUGCAAAGGAGAAGGCCCAAGAGAAGAGUGGUAAAACAAAAGAAAAGGCUUCAGAGAUGGGCCAGUCGACAAAGGAGUCGGCCCAAUCUGGAAAGAACAACACAAGUGGGUUUCUGCAGCAAACGGGGGAAAAGGUGAAGGGAAUGGCCCAAGGUGCUACUGAGGCUGUGAAACACACAUUUGGAAUGGCACCACAGCGUGAUGAAGAGAAGGAGCACUACGCAGCCCAACAUGGCAGAGAUUACUAG